UGUGUGUGUGUGUGUGUGUGCAUGCAUGUGUGAGAGAGAUCAAGUAGUAAUACCUCCUUUAUCUUCUGCACCAGAGUGAAGCACCAACUCCUAUUCACUCUCUCGCUCUCCCUCGUCUGAAUGUUCAGGAGAACGUCGCUCGGUUCUGGGAUUGUCAGCUCGGUGAGAAAGACCCAACACCACCGCUGUCCUCAGGUCGGUCCAGUCCAAGGCUUUACAGAUCAUUUUUCAUAAGAACCAGGACCAAGACUGUCAAGGGGCAGAACCAAAGACCAGAGAAAAAUCUUUCAUUGACUUCCCUUGGACUGCAUCUUUAACCUGGAAUCACUAGUACUGGAUUAGAAUAGUUCUUUUCCCCCACUUUCUUUUGACAAAUCUGUGUCUCCAAAAGGUGCCCAACUGAACUUUGGUUCUGUCCUGCCAGGUUCUGAACCGCAGAGGAGGAGCCACAGGACAUCUGCACCGUUGAGGACCGGUAAACCUGCACCGCUCCAUUGUUUGGACUUCAGUACCACCGCCCCAGUUUAUGGGGACUGUUUGGGACUGGGCAUAACCGUAGGCUGUUCAUGCGGGCCUUUGGAAACGCGUCACCGAAGACUAGAGGCUGACCAGGAGCAUCUCCAAAAAGCCCUGUUCAUAAAGUUAACUGGUGAUCGGCAGGCCAGGUGACUAGGGCUCAGAGCGACACGAUGGGGGCUGCAUUCAGGCGUUUCUGUGCUUCGUUCUGCUGCUGCUGUUGCUGUGAGGAAGAGGAGCCAGAAGAGAAGGCACCCUUGCUGAACGAGACUCUGCUGUACUUUGACCGCGAGGCGAAGAAAAGGCGGGACCAGGAGACGAACCUGUGGAGCGAGCCGGGGGACCCCAGUCACUCAGAGAGGGAUGACGACCGCGAGCUCUACAACCUGCUGCAGAAGAGGGCCAAGACCCGCCGAGGCUCCCAGGGGUACCGGCGCCUCAGUGUGGACAUCUACGCGGUGAGACAAGUGCGCCACGGCGUGAAGGAGAAGUGGAAGAUGAUUCUGGAGAACCUAGGGUUCAUGGAAGAGGCGGAGUCUCUCCUGACGGUGUCGUCCACCGACUCGUAUGACCGCAUGCGGAACGCGCCGGCGGCCCGGUCCCUGCUGCAAACCCUGUACUCUGAGACCUCCAUCUUUAGAAGCAAGGAGCCGCCGCCCGAGAGAUACAUGUUCAUCCUGGAUCGUCUGAUCUAUCUGGACGCGGCGGACGACUUUGUCGCCAAGGCCCGGCGCUUUUAUCCCAAAGGCGAGGAAGACGACGAUGACGACGAGCCCGCCCCGAACCUGCCCCUCCUCGUGACUAGGGCCGGUCUGAACACCGCGGGGGACGAGGACGGGCUGGACGAGGAAGAGGCCAGCGGCGCUGAUGCCGAAGACGACAUCUUCGACGGCAAGUCCCUGGACUGACACGGUCCGGCAGUGCAGGCUGAUGACCACUAGAUGGCGAUGUUGUUGUUGUUGUAGUGGGAACAGAUGGAACGCACUGGAGGUGAUGACACACACACCUCCAGUGAAGCAAUGAAGCAUUUUACAUUAUGGCUGUACUCGAUAAGUGAUCUGAGCCAAUCAGAAAAGUGCUUUGAUCGGUCGGCAUCUGUUCAUCAUUAAUUAGUUACCAGCUGAAAAAAUAUAUAUUUAAUAUUAACAUUGGCAAGUUAAUAUUAACUUGCUGAUGUGAAUAAAAUACAUUAAAUAAGAAAUUCAUUAAGAUCUCACUGUACAAAAACACUCGAAGCAGAUUUUCUUGCAAUGCGUAGUAUUAGCAAAAUAGCUUGACAAAUUAGUUUAUUCAAUGAUUUUCUGGAAGGGAAUCUCUGUCAUGCCACAUUUCCAGGCUCAAAUUGUCUGCUCAUUUAUCUAUUAGCAUUUUCUCACCAUUAUGUAAGGAUCUUCAAAAUGAUGGCUGACAAAUUUAUCAUGUGUUCAUAGAAACAGAGUGUUCUGCCCUGAUUCUGAGACAUGGCCGCAUUCCAAAUCCACCUAUUUUCUGCUGCCUUCAACCAGUAAAUAGCAAAGCAAGCAAAUUGCUUCUCUGUGUAUUGUACUGAUUUGAGACCAGUAACUCCGCCAAUUGCACUGAAGCUAAAGCUAUCAUUUUCCUCAGACGGCUGACAUGCUUCACCAACUUCUCAACAUGAUCCUGUAACUAAUGAUAAGCAAUAUAAAGUGAGCUCCGUGAUGUUUGGGAUGAAGUCUGCACUCCAAAGCUUUAGAUUUGUAAUCAAGCAAUUCUCAUGUGGUUAAAAUACCAAUUCCUGGCUUUAAUUAAAGGGUAUUUUGAUACAUUCCGGUUUCACCAUGUACCAGCACAUUUUAUACAUAACCCCCCCCCCCACUUUUAACAUAACCAUAAUGUUUGGUACAUAUUAAUGUUUUGUAAAUUGAAGUAGUCAUGUUAAGUACUUUAGUGUCGCAUAUUCUUUGCAUGCAAUGACUGCUUGAAGUCUGUUACCCAUAGACAUCACCAGGUGCUGAGUGUCAUCUCUGGUGAUGAUGCCAGGCCUGUACUGCAGCCUGUACUUGUUUCAGGGGCUAGUUGCCUUAAGUUUUCUCUUCAGCAUAUGAAAUGCAUGUUCAAUUGGACUCCAAUUGGGUGAAUGACUAAGCCAAGUCAAGAAGGUUCCAGUUUUGGGCUUUGAAAACUCCUUUGUUGCUUUAGCAGUUUGUUUUGGAUCAUUGCUGUCUUGCUGUAGGAUGAAGCGCCAUCCAAUGAGUUUGGAGGCAUUUGCUUGAACAUGAGCAGAUUAGAUGCUUCCCUAUACUUCAGAAUUCAUUCUGCUACUGCUAUCAGCUGUUGCAUCAUCAAUGAAAACAAGUGAGCAGUACCUGUGGCAGCCAUACAUGCCCAAACCAUAACACCCUCACCACCACAUUUCACAGAUGAAGGGGGUGCUUUGGUAUUUCGGGAAGUUCCUCUUGGCCUCCGCCCUUUACUCUAGCCAUCUCUCUUAUACAAGUCAAUCUUGAUCUCAUUUGUCCACAGCACCUUUUUCCAGAACUCCGCAGGCUAUUUUAGGCACUUCUUAGCAAACUGUAACCUGGCCAUCCUGUUUUUGCAGCUUGCAGCUGGUUUGCAACUUGCAGUGUGGCUUCUGCAGUUCACAGAUCCACACCUGCCUCCUGAAAAGUGUUUCUGAUUUCUGGGGGGUUUUUCAUCUUUACGGUGAGAAUUCUUUGGUCAUCACCUGUAGAGGUCUUCCUUGGCCUACCAGGCCCUUUGCGAUCACUGAGCUCAUCGGUGCUCUCUUACUUCUUAAUGAUGCUCCAAACAGUUGAUUUUGGUAAGCCUAAGGUAUUUGUCAGCCUCACAGUGGCUUCCUUGACUUUUAUUUGCACAACUCUGGUCCUCAUGUUGACCAAUGACAAUAACAGACUCAAAAGGCAAUCAGAAGCCUAGAAUCAAAACUAGAUACUAAAAGCUCUUUUAUACCUGAACAAAGGAAGCAGUGGAACACAUCUGACUAAGCCAUUUGUUCCAAACAUUUUGGUGCCCUGAAAUUGGAGGGGUUAUGAACAAAAAGUGCUGUAAUUUCCGCAUGGUGACAUCUAAAUAUAUAUACAAACAAAUAAAAAGAACAGAAUUUUGAACUUCAUAUUUAAAAAUUGUACGGAAAUUCAAAUUCCUCAAAAUUCAAAAAGUACACAGCCAAGUCAAGAAAACAAAUAUGUUUUUGUCCCAAACAUUAUGGAGCUCAUUGUGUGUGCAGAAUGGAUCAUUUAUAACCACAAUUCACAAUGAUUUACUGCCGAAAGCAAAGUGUUCUGAUUCUCAUCAGUACUUAAUAAUUGCAUCUUUAGAACACAUUGUAAGUGGGCACGUUUUCUUUUGUGGAGUGCUGUGGAAAUCUUCACACCAUUCCAGGAUGAUUACACUCAAUCAAACGGCUGUAUUAGGGAUUCAUUAAAAGCCUUGCACAAUC